ACCAGGACCCACACGGGGAAGAAUGUAUUUUCUUGCAGCACUUGCAGGAAAGAGUUCAGUAAAAGUAGUAGUUUAAAGAAUCACAUGAUGAUCCACACUGGUGAAAGGCCGUACCUGUGCAACACCUGCGGAAAAUCGUUUACUAAAUCAUCAGAUCUUAAACGCCACAUAACCACGCACACGGAUGAGAAGCCCUACAUCUGCGAAACAUGUGGAAAGAGUUACAGAGAACAUUACAAACUGGUGGUUCACUCGAGGAUCCACGCGGGCGAGGAGCCCUACAUCUGCAAAACAUGUGGAAAAAGUUACAGAGAACGUUACAAACUGGUGGUUCACUCGAGGAUCCACACCGGUGAAAGGCCGUACCUGUGCAACAUCUGCAACAAAACCUUUACUAGUUUAUCACAUCUUAAACGCCACAAAACCAUGCACACAGGCGAGAAGCCCUACGUCUGCAAGACAUGUGGAAAAAGUUACAAGAAAAAUUCCUACCUGGUGAGGCACUCGAGGAACCACACCGGUGAAAUGCCGUACCUGUGCAACACCUGUGGAAAAACCUUUACUAAUUUAUCGGAUCUUAACCACCACAUGGACACGCACACGGGCGAGAAGCCCUACAUCUGCAAAACAUCUGGAAAGAGUUGCAGGCUACUUUCCUUCCUGGUGAUUCACCCGAAGAUCCACACUGGUGAAACGCCGUACCUGUGCAACACCUGCAGCAAAACCUUUACUAAUUUAUCGGAUCUUAACCGGCACAUAACCACGCACACUGGUGAGAAGCCCUACGUUUGCAAAACAUGUGGGAAAAGUUACAAGAAAAAUUCCAACCUGGUGAUUCACACGAGGAUACACAACGGCGAAAGGCCGUACUUGUGCAACACGUGCGGAAAAACCUUUACCGAUUCACGGUUUCUUAACCGCCACAUAAACACGCACACAGGCGAGAAGCCGUAUUUGUGCAAGACGUGCAACAAAGGUUUUAGCCGCAGAAUUUAUUUGCUGAGUCACAUGAAAAAUCACCCGGAGGAGAAGUCUGGUGACUCGUGACAAAUGAAGCUCAUGUUGUCGUCCUCCGGGGGCAGCUGUCCACUCCUGUCUGACCCACAGAAGAAGAACCCGCAGAAGUCCGACCACCACCUCCUGUGGCUGAUGAGCCUAAUCCCCUCCCCACAAGGGUUGCAGGUUCAACCCGGAUUUAUGCUUCUCCGUCAACUUGACGCAGAGGGAACGAUGUGGUUGUGUACUUUUUUUCAGGUUCAGCAUUGAGUUUGAAUCCUUGUUCCUUCUUAAAAUCGUUAUUUUUUUGCUGUUGGUAACUUGUCGUCUCCACGGGCUGUUAGUAUGUGCUGAAGUUUCUUUAAACGUUUAUUUCGUUCAUCUACAAAGCCUCCUUCACACGUCCUUUUUCCCGUCUGUUUCUUCUUCACUCACAUUCUCUUUGUAAAGUUAAUCUGCAGCUCCAUGUUGUUAAACUCUCUCCAUCUACUCCGUUCUGAGGUUAGUCCAAGUUUGAUAUAUUUACAUGUUCAGUUUUUACAACGUUCCUCUGAAAAACAAGAAGAAACUUGAGAAAUGAGGACAAAAGAAGAAAUGCAACAAUCAACACGUCAGAAACAGAACAGCCAACCAUAUGUCAAAUACCCCAAACCAAGCACUCGAUUAAGUAUGAGAGAAUGGCAUGGAUGUAUGAUUGCGUGAGUGAGAGUGGAUGUGAGAACAGAGGUUGGAUGCGCAUGUGGUGUGUGGAUGACGUAGGCCUAUACCUGAAGGGAUUAAAUGUCAGCUGUUUGUGUAAACACAUAAAUCAUAAUAUUAAUCUAGAUAUUAAUCUAUCUAACCAUCAUGUUUGACGACUCAGAUAUUGACCCAGAGUAUAAUUUUUUGAAUGAGGUUAAAACU